CGAGACCGCUUCUACGAACACCUGGCGGACUCCAUCAAGGACGAGUUGGUGCACACAGCGAGGCCCAUCGCCUCUCUCGAGGACCUCAUCACUGUCUCCUCAGACAUCGACGUCCGCGUCCGCCAACGCCGUGCCGAACGGGAUCGUCAGCGCGGACGCACCACCACCCCCACCACCGCGGCCAAGCCGGCUGUUCCGCUGCAUACCACCCCCUUCACGCCGCCUGCCCGAGACCCGAACGCAAUGGACAUCGACGCGACCCGUACGCGCGAAGAGUUCAACCGCCUCAUGCGCGGCAAGUGCUACGGUUGUGGGUCUACGGCGCACGUCAAGAAGGACGGCGGCCACGACCGGGACAUCUGCGGCUACUGUCGUCGCGUAGGGCACCGCGAGACAGUGUGCAUGGAUAAGUUCCUGAAGAAGCCCCGCUCGCAGAAGCUUGCUGCAACG